AUGCAAUUCUCAACUGUAUUGAUAGGUCUCCUGGCCACUCUAGUCUCGACCGUGACGGCUACCGCUUUAACGUACAGACUUGAGGCCAACGAGAAGGCCUGCUUCUAUAACUACGUUGACCAGAGGAACGCCAAGGUUGCUUUUUAUUUCGCUGUUCAAUCCGGCGGCUCUUUCGAUGUCGAUUACUCAGUUGUUGGCCCCGGAGAGAAGGUUAUCCUAGACGGAACCAAGGAACGGCAAGGCGACUUUGUCUUCACGGCUCAGAGCAUUGGGGAGUACCGAUUCUGCUUCAAUAAUGAGAUGUCAACAUUUGCGGAGAAAAUGGUCGACUUUGAGAUUGCUGUCGAGAAUGAGGAGCGCGCGCAAUUGCCUUCACGGCAAGGUGCCAGUCCCGAGCAGGCAUCGGCCCUUGAAGAGUCCAUCUACAAACUGUCCGCUCAACUGUCGACUAUUGCCCGCAACCAGAAGUACUUCCGGACCCGCGAGAACCGCAAUUUCAGCACGGUUCGCAGCACCGAGAGGCGGAUUUUCAACUUCAGUGUGAUUGAGGGCUUGAUGAUGGUGUCGAUGGCUGGUCUGCAGGUGUUUAUUGUUCGGUUCUUCUUCCAGGGUGCGCGGAAAGGUAUGUAUUCCCUUGCUUACGUGGGCAUGGAAUCUGGCACCAUUUUGAUCUAUGGCCUUUUCCGUUCCUUGAUUCAAGUCCAUAUCUGA